AUGGCACGGAUCCAUUGUUACGAAGCAUUUACUGCAAGCGAGCUGCAUCGACUCCUUGAACAGAUCAGUGCGUUACACACUGUCAAUAAUAGAACGACGACGGAUCAAGAACCCUCUCUUUCUUCUUACUCGGCAUCGUUGAUCGUGAUCAAUGGACUUGCCAAUUUGAUAUCCCCAAGUGACUGGGAUUAUCAUCAUCAUUAUCGUGGUAGCAGCAGCAGCAGCAGCACUACUGCUUGCUCUACUAGGUCUUCAAAAGUGUCGGACAUGUUGAACGCCAUGGCAUCUGUACGAAAAUUGAUGUCGUUAUCUAUUUUGAUACUUCGUACAGCACAAACAUCAGAUGAAUGGACGAGUGGUGGUGGUGGUGAUACUGGUAACAAUGCAACAGGAGCAGUACUAGUGUGGGACAGCUGUGUCGAUCUGCGGGUACACUUGCAACAAACCCCGCCGCUGCCGCCGUCAUCGUUGUCGUCCUCCAACGUGAAAAAUUACCAUUAUCAAUGUGAUAUCGUCAAGGCUAGAGUUCCGGUUGCAGAUACCCGAGCCUUUCUUACGGAAUUGUAA